UUUUUUUAUGCAUUAACAAGAACUGACACCCAGCUACCUAAAGCUGGUACUAAUAUUUUAUGUAUGCAGGAUAAUUACACGUAUAGUGUAAUUUCUUACAGUAUAGCAGACAGUUGGCUUGAUUUUGCAACAAGGAUAGAGAGUUGGUGGUUCUGAAAAACACUUAAAGGCCGAAAGUUUAUCAGCUGAUGAGAUUUGCUUUUGAGUACUGUGAGGAAACGUUAGUAGCUGUCCCAUAGAUAGACAAGUAUGUUUCUCAAACUAAGCUGAAGAAGUGAAGAGCUUGCGAGCGCAUUAUCUACUGUUUUACCAUUGAUAAUAUUCACUUCCUUUUGUAGUACGUUUUGUUGAAAAAUGAAACGUUAUUACUGUUGUUUUUUUUAAACGAUUGCCACCUCCUGCGGCUGUGUUCUUGAGCUGUCAAUGAACAGAGGGAUCACAGAUUGGACUCCGGCGUCGAGACAGAAGUCAACUCGUCCCAAAUGAAGAACGGAUGAUCAGGAGGCAACUUUCCAACUGGAUUCUAAAAAUGCAUAUAAUUCUACACGAGGAUUUUCACAUCCAUUUUUGCAUGAUUUACUUUUGGUACAUUUUAUGCGCACCAGUUGUGUUCUAGAUGCUAGUUUUGUGUUAAUUUCUACAAGGCAUUUUCACUCCAUGCUCGGGCGACGGGAUGGAAGUUGAGCGGUAUCGGCCUUAAAAAGUGAGACUGGGAUCUCUUGAGGAUUUGAUUCUGGUGUGAAGUUAUGACAAUGACGGGAUCAAUGGAAAAUUCUUUCAAACAAGCUUUAAAGAAACCUCCAUCACUACGGACAGCAGAGGACUUGCACACUAUUUACUGUCACUUCUACCACAUGGAUGUCCUGUCCCACCUCAGGGAGCACCAGCUCAGGUCAAUGAGUACCUCAGCCAGGUAUGAGCGACACGAAGCUAACCAGGUCCUGUUCUACGCAGACAGCAUCUCCACAUGCUGGUACACCCUCCUGUCCGGUUCAGUUAUCCUCAAGGACCACAUGUACUUGGCCAGAUGCUGCUUUGGCAAGCAGCUGGGGGGCAGACGAGGCUGUGAAUGCAUCACUUUAGAGCCCUCAGAAAUGAUUGUGGUGGACAAUGCCAGCGAGGGUGAGGAGGGGGCACUGUCGAGGGAGGCAUCCCAGAGACGUUCCCGCCGGCGCUUUCGCAAAGUCAACCCCCGGGGAGAGCGGGAACUGAUCACUGACGGCCAGGACCCCACGGAUUAUGUGGAUAACCAGCUUCCUGGAGACCUAAACAAGAUGCACCUUACAGACCACCCCCACAGCCAGGGGAUCCACGUGCCGCCCAGCCAAUCCGGAUGCAGUAUCACCAGCGACUCGGGGAGCAGUAGCCUAUCAGACCUCUACCAGGCUACAGAGAGUGACAUGGGUGACGUGGACCUAUCCGGGCUCCCGGAGGCAGCGGUGGACUCGGAGGAGGAGGAUGAAGACCUGGAGAGGACGUCAGACACCCUGAUUGGUAGAGACCUGGUCAGGGAAUGUCUGGAGAAAGACCCGGUGGACCGCAACGAUGAUGACAUUGAACAACUGUUGGAGUUCAUGCACCAGCUGCCAGCCUUUGCCAACAUGACCAUGUCAGUGCGAAGGGACCUGUGUACUGUCAUGGUGUUUGAGGUGGUGGAGCAGGAGGCGACCGUCAUCCUACAGGACAAACAGGAGCUGGACCUGUGGUAUGUGAUCCUGAACGGGGGGGUGGAGAUCGACCACCCGGACAGCCGCAUGGAGACCCUCUGCAUGGGCAACAGCUUUGGCAUCUCCCCCUCCCUGGACAAGCAGUACAUGAGCGGAGUGGUGCGCACCAAGGGGGACGACUGCCAGUUUGUGUGCAUCGCCCAAGAGGACUACUGGCGGAUCCUCAACCAUGUGGAGAAGAACACACACAAGGUGGAGGAGGAGGGAGAGAUCGUCAUGGUGAAGGAACAUCGCGAGCUGGACCGCAACGGCACCAGGAAGGGACAUAUUGUCAUCAAGGGCACCCCACAGCGUCUGAUCAUGCACCUGGUGGAGGAGCCGUCAGUGGUGGACCCCACCUACAUUGAAGACUUCCUCCUCACCUACCGCACCUUCCUCUCCAGCCCCAUGGAGGUUGGCAAGAAGCUGCUUGAGUGGUUCAAAGUUGACAGCCUCAGAGACACGGUGACACGGAUAGUGCUGUUAUGGGUGAACAAUCAUUUCAACGACUUUGAAGGUGACCCGGCCAUGACGCAGUUCCUGGAAGACUUUGAAAAGCUGCUGGAAACCACAAAAAUGAAGGGUCACCUGAGGCUGCUGAACAUAGCGUGUGCAGCCAAGGCCAAGUGGAGGCAGAUCACCCUGCAGAAACCUUCCAGGGAGGCCCCGCUCUACUUCAGCCUGCAUGGCGGCAGCGAGAGGGGCUUCGGCAUCUUCGUGGAGUCGGUGGAGGAGAGCAGCAAGGCCGCCGAGGCAGGACUCAAACGGGGAGACCAGAUUAUGGAGAUCAAUGGUCAGAACUUUGAGAACAUCUCCUACGUCAAAGCUAUGGACUUCCUGAGUAACAACACACACCUCUCCCUCACAGUCAAGACCAACAUCUUCGUGUUCAAAGAGCUGCUGAGCCGGAUCGUACACGAGAAGAUGAACAGGGGUCCCCACAUCCCCAAGAUCCAGGAGAAGAAGGGUAACCGCUUCUCCAUCGCAGACCUGCCCGGAGACAUGGAGUUCCCCACAGACCAUAAGGCCACCAAGAAGAUGAAGGCCAACACAGUUUCUGGAGGACGGAACAAGAUCAGGAAGAUGCUGGAGAAGACCCGCUUCAGCAUCCUACCACCCAAACCCUUCAGUGAUGGCGGCGUGGGCCAGUCUCAGGAUGACAGCAUCGUGGGCACUAAGCAGUGUAGGCACAGCGUGGCCAUCAUGCCCAUCCCUGGCAGCAGCAUGUCAUCCAGCAGUCCUGAUCUGCUACAGCCAGCCACCAGUGUGCUGGACUUCUCCAACACAGCAGACAUUCCAGACCAGGUAAUCCGGGUGUUCAAGGCUGACCAGCAGAGCUGUUACAUCAUCAUCAGUAAGGACACCACGGCCAAGGACGUGGUCAGUCAUGUGGUCAACGAGUUUGGCCUUAUCGCAGCCCCGGAGACCUACUCCCUCUGUGAGGUGUCUGUCAGUCCCGAGGGCGUCCUCAAACAAUGCAGGCUACCUGACCAGCUCUCUAAGCUGGCUGACCGCAUCCAGCUCAAUGGCAGGUACUACCUGAAGAACAACAUGGAGACAGAGACGUUGUGUUCAGACGAUAACGCCCAGGAGCUGCUGAAGGAGAGUCACAUCACCCUGCUCCAGCUCAGCACCGUGGAGGUGGCCGCCCAGCUCUCCAUGAGGGACUUUGAGCUGUUCCGUAACAUUGAGUCCACUCAGUACGUAGACGACCUCUUCAAGCUGCUGGACUCCUCGGGGGGGCUUCAGCAGACACACCUCAAGCAGUUUGAGGAAGUCAUCAACCAGGAGACCUUCUGGAUCGCCACGGAGAUUCUGAGAGAGCCCAACACCAUGAAGAGGACGAAGACCAUCAAACACUUCAUUAAGAUCGCCCUGCACUGUAGAGAGUGCAAGAACUUCAACUCCAUGUUCGCCAUCAUCAGUGGUCUGAAUCUGGCUCCAAUAGCUCGUCUCAGGUCGUCGUGGGAGAAGCUGCCCAGUAAGUAUGAUAAGCUGUUCCAGGACCUGCAGGACAUAUUUGACCCAUCCAGGAACAUGGCCAAGUACCGCAAUGUCCUGAGCAGCCAGAGCAUGCAGCCUCCCAUCAUCCCCCUGUUCCCUGUCGUCAAGAAGGACCUCACCUUCCUACAUGAAGGUAAUGACUCUCACGUAGACGGCCUGGUGAAUUUUGAAAAGCUAAGGAUGAUUGCUAAGGAGAUCCGUCAUGUGGUCCGUAUGACCUCCUCCAACAUGGACCCAGCUCUCAUGUUUAGACAGAGGAAGAAGAGGUGGAAGAGUUUAGGGUCUCUGAGUCAGGGCAGCACCAACUCCAACAUGUUAGACGUACAGGGCGGGGCCCAUAAGAAGCGUGUGCGUCGCAGCUCGCUGCUCAACGCUAAGAAGCUGUACGAGGAUGCUCAGAUGGCCCGUAAGGUCAAGCAGUACCUGUCCAACCUGGCGGUGGAGACUGAUGAGGAGAAACACCAGACCAUAUCUCUACAGUGUGAGCCUACCUACAGCACCUUGUCCAAGAACUUGAGUGAGCGACGGUCCAACAAGUCGGAAAUGUCUCCCGUGUCGCUGCGCUCGCCGCUGCACGGGGGGAAGACCCAGAACCGCGUGUCUCAGGUGCUCCAGGUCCAGGUACCCCUCUACCCCCUACGGAAGAAGAGCACCUCCAAGGACAUUCACACCGCACACAACUCCAGCUCUCCUCAGGUGAUAAAGAAGCCUUCCAGCUCCCAGCACAGCCAAUCAGAGGACGGUUCCUGUUUUGGGAUGAGGCCUGCUGAAGACACUGUGUCCACCGUUUCCUCCCUGCAUUCCAGCCCCACUGUAUCGCCACAGGGCUCCCCUCGCAAAGGUCUACACCCUGGCUACCUCACAUUACCUCUCACUACAGCAUCUUCUACAAUCCAUUCAUCCAUCUCACAACUCAUACCCAUAACUCAGAACCAAGCAUACCCAUUCUUCAUCAAAGUGGGAGGCGUGGCCAACCCCCAGCAUAACACCAACAGCCAGAUGAACCGGUCUGGCUCGUCAUCCUCUCUGACCAGCGAGGCCAGCACCAAGGCAGGCACGGCAGGCAGCCGCAGCUACGGCAUAGGCUAUGCCCUGAUGCCUGCAGGGAAGUCAGACAACCUGUCCGACUCCAGCCACAGUGAGAUCUCGUCUCGCUCCAGCAUCGUCAGUAACUGCUCAGUGGACUCCAUGCCUGCUGGUCCUGCAGAGGAGCGCCAAGGCAUCAAGACCAGGGACACCACAGAGACCCCAGGCACCACCACGCAACUCACACAUGCCAACUCUGACUGCAGCCAACCCAGCACCAGUUUGUCUUUGGCGCGGGGCCAGGUGAUGCGGGGCUCCACCUUCACCUCCUCGACCUCCACAGAGGAACUGGCCCCCGACCACGCUUCCCUGGACAGUGUGGUCGACAGCGGGCGGGGAAGCUGGACCUCCUGCUCCUCCAACUCCCAUGAGAGCUUCCAGAGCCUGCCUGUCCCCCUUCUAGGCCUGGGCCGACCCCCUGCCUGGGACCACCUGGCGCCUCUGGGCUUCCGCUACACCCAGCUAGCAGGGCCUAUAGUAGAGGUGGAGGCUGGGCCAACCGGAGAGGAGGUAGUGGGAGCACCAGGGUCAGGAUCCAGGGGAGGAGAGGACGCCAAGAGGCUCUCCAGAGACAGUUCAGAGCUCAACCAAUCGCAGCAGAGCUGGGCUUCGUCAUCCUCGCUGUCUGACACAUAUGAGGGGAAAUACGGCACCAUCAAACGCCGCACUGCAGACGGUGCCUCAGUUGCCCCCGGGGAGGGGCACGAUGCACCCCAAAGCACAGCCCCCAUCUACAAAACGGUUACUUCAAGCACCGAGAAAGGCCUCAUAGUGUAUUGUGUAACCUCUCCCACCAAGGACGAUAGGUACAGGGGGCCUCCCCCCACCCCUCCAGGAUACCAGGGCCUCACCCUGGUUAACGGACAGGAUGGAGCUCCUCCUCGGCUCCCCCACUUGCGGCCGCCCGACUAUAGCGUGGCCCUGCAGAGGUCUAAGCUGCUACAGAGCCCCGGAGGCCUGGUGGAGGCCCGGCGCCUGGGGGUGAACCACCGCCACGAAUCCCAGGGCCAGUCCAGGCCAGGCAGCGUCUGCCUACAGGGUCUGGAGGAUAGUGAGGAUGAUGAGCAGGUGUCAGCUGUGUAGAGCUAGACACCUCAACGGACACUGCAGGUCAAUGGAGGGAGGGUGAGAGGAUGAGGGAGGGAAAGGUGGUUUUAACCUGCCAUGCUGCCUCCUCUGGGCACACUCCUCUCACCCCUCGCUGCUCUCCAGGUCCUCAGUCUCAGCUGACGGCUGCUCGAGUCCAAACCAACGGCACCCCCACAGAACUUGUACAAUCAUCUCUUUUUACUCCAUUUUGAAAUGUUUUAGCAACUCUCCUGUGUUUAGACUCCCACUGCCCUGGAACAGAGCUGUAAACAGACUGAGAUGUGAUGUCACUGGGUAUGGCUGAGGCGUUUGGGACACAGUGCUUAUGAAGAAGGGAUGGGCGAUGCCUGCUGAUCACUCGAUGUCUUUUUAACAGUACCUCCAUUUGCUUUGGUGCUUUCUUGUCCCAGGUUUUUUUUAAUGGUUUUUCCUCAGUCGAUGCAUGAAAGUGAGUGUUUUUUAGCCGUUUGCUUGAUUGCGCUCAGCUUUAAAUGGCAUGCAGACACGUGCGUAGCUCUGAGAAUAUCCAAGAAAGGAGAAAGCAUUUAUUUUUCUUCUCUGUAGUUUAGAAAGCAGAGAUCUGGCAGUCGGCAGAAAUGCCCUCAAGUUAAGAGCGACUCCACAUAUCUUUUAAUUUGCAGGGGAUGGAGGAGUGGGUGUGGGCAGCUCUUAUUGCACCUUGUGGAGUUUCAACAGCAUCUCAGGCCAUUGUGUAUGCUGCACCACACCCUCAUCUAUUCAGACGCUCUCUCUUCCUGUGCUUGUUAACCUGCGCUACUUUACUGGCAUGCUUCCGUCUGUAUGUUUAAUGAAUGUUAUUCCAAGUUGUUUUUAAUGAGUUGACAAACAAAAAGCCUCACUGCUGUAGAAUAGUACAAUGUUUUAUUUUAUUGCAGUACUGUAAAACAAAAUAUUAUCACUGUACAAACGUUAUUUGGUAAGCUUUAAAUGAGAGGCGUGCAGCCAUCAGCCCAAAGUUGUUUACAUCGAUGCUAACAAACUUGUUUAGUGUGUUUGUUACACUAGUAGUCUAUUGAAUUAAAAGCUCAAAUGUAAAAGUAUUAUGAUUUCAGGUUAAUUUGAUAUGUAAAGUAUUUUUUAUGCAGUAAGAAUAUGUGGAUGCAGCAUAAACAACACAUUUGGUGUGUUCUUUUAAUGUACCUCCAUCUUGGCUAUUAAGUGUCUGCUAAUCUGGUUUAGUAGUCAUGGCAACAAAAGAAAAAACAAUGCUUGUCAAUGGAAAAUGCAUUGCAAAACUGCUAUUUUAAUACAUCUCCAUUCCUUUUUCAUAAUAUAGCUAUUUGAAAAAUAGUACAUUUUGUAAAGUAUUUUAAAGAAUUUGCUUUAAUUUGUUCUUCUUAUUGCAAACAAAAGCUCAUUAUUUGUGGAGGUUUUAACCCUCUAGGUUUGAGGGUUAAACUGCUGAAUGGUAUUGUCAUUAGGGAUAUAACUGGACUGACUGGUUGGGAGUCUUUUCUUCAGCUGUGUGUUCUGUAUGUGACGCUUGUUGAUUUCUUUGUUUUGCCGUACUAAGACUUGAAAAUAUGAAUGGUUAUAUAUAAACAGUGCAUGUAUACAUUUAUACAUAUAUUUUUGGUUUGUCAUAAAUUAAUGUUAUACAGAUCUUGUAUAGAUGAAAAGAGUCCUCUAUAAAUACUAUUUUAAUAUUUUGUUAUUAUAAAAUCAAAGAUUGUGAUUGCCCCUUUUCUGUCAUUGGGCAGGAAUCUUUUGAAGAACUCUCUGCUCUCUGGAUCGAUUUUGGUUUGACUCCUCUUGAUGUGUUGUUGUAUAGGUGUUUAUUAUACAGUUGAAGUUGGAUGUUUACAUACACCUUAGCCAAGUACAUUUAAACUCAGUUUUUCACAAUUCCUGACAUUUAAUCAUAGUAAAAAUUCCCUGUUUUAGGUCAGUCAGAUCACCACUUUAUUGUAAGAAUGUGAAAUGUCACAAUAAUAGUAGAGAGAAUGAUUUCUUUCAGCUUUUAUUUCUUUCAUCACAUUCCCAGUGGGUCAGAAGUUUACAUACACUAUUGCCUUUAAAUUGUUUAACUUGGGUCAAACUUGUCAUGUAGCCUUCCACAAGCUUUCCACAAUAAGUUGGGUAAAUUUUGGCCCAUUCCUCCUGACAGAGUGCUGGUGUAACUUAGUCAGGUUUGUAGGCCUCCUUGCUCGCACACGCUUUUUCAGUUCUGCCCACAAAUUUUUCGAUAGGAUUGAGGUCAGGGCUUUGUGAUGGCCACUCCAAUACCUUGACUUUGUUGUCCUUAAGCCAUUUUGCCACAACUUUGGAAGUGUGCUUGGGGUCAUUGUCCAUUUGGAAGACCCAUUUGCGACCAAGCUUUAACUUCCUGACUGAUGUCUUGAGAUGUUGCUUCAAUAUAUCCACAUCAUUGUUUUCCCUCAUGAUGCCAUCUAUUUUGUGAAGUGCACCAGUCCCUCCGGCAGCAAAGCACCCACACAGCAUGAUGCCACCCCAGUGCUUCAUGGUUGGGAUGGUGUUCUAUGGCUUGCAAGUCUCCCCGUUUUUCCUCAAAACAUAACGAUGGUCAUUAUGGCCAAACAGUUCUAUUUUUGUUUCAUCAGACCAGAGGACGUUUCUCCAAAAAGUCAAUCUUUGUCCCCAUGGGCAGUUGCAAACCGUAGUCUGGUUUUUUUAUGUUGGUUUUGGAGCUGUGGCUUCUUCCUUGCUGAGUGUCCUUUCAGGUUAUGUCGAUAUAGGACUCAUUUUAUUGUGGAUAUAGAUACUUUUCCCUCCAGCAUCUUCACAAGGUCCUUUACACUUUUUGCACCAAAGUACGUUCAUCUCUACGAUACAGAACGUUUCUCCUUCCUGAGUGGUAUGACAGCUCCGUGGUCCUGUGGUGUUUAUACUUGCAUACUAUUGUUUGUACAGAUGACCGUGGUACCUUCAGGCAUUUGGAAAUUGAUCCCAAGGAUGAACCACACUUGUGGAGGUCUUGGCUGAUAUGUCUUGAUUUUCCCAUGAAGUGAAGCAAAGAGGCACUGAGUUUGAAGGUAGGCCUUGAAAUACAUCCACAGUUACACCUCCAAUUGACUCAAAUGAUGUCAAUUAACAUAACAGAAUCUUCUAAAGCCAUGACAUCAUUUUCUGGAAUUUUUCAAGCUGUUUAAAGGCAGUCAACUUAGUGUAUAUAAACUUCUGACCCACUGGAAUUGUGAUACAGUGAAAUAAUCUGUCUGUAAAUAAUUGUUGGGAAAAUAACUUGUCAUGCACAAAGUAGAUGUCCUAACCGACUUGCCAAAACUAUAGUUUGUUAACAAGAAAUUUGCUGUGUGGUUGACAUAUGAGUUUUAAUGACCCCAACCUAAGUCUGUAAACUUCUGACUUCAACUGUAUGUCUUGACUCUGCCUCCCUUAACGUCCUGAGGGCUUCACUGGCUGUGGCCUCCCGUGCUGAAAUUGUUUUGCUGAACAUGUCCUCAUCCAAAGCCACCGCAUUAUGGAGUAGGCAACAAUCUGUUUCUCAGACAUUAGAAAUGCAAUGUACAGAGCUGACAUUAUUCCCUUGUCUACGUGAUAGGGAAGCAUGUGUGUUCUACAUAAUCUAUUUCUAUUUGGAGGUUCUGAAAUGUAUCCCACUGAGCACAAUCUGGAACAGAGCCUUUAUCAGUUUCUACUGCUUUCAGACAACUGUGGUGUCAUCCUCUCUCUCUCAGCACUGCGACCCCUGCCGUUAUCUACAAGGGUGGAUGGUUCUAUCAUAGAAUGAUUCUGUAGGGUUCUAUUACAAUCUUCAGAAUCCUAUAACAUACAGGACCUAGUAUUACUGUCCAUCACCUUUGAGGAGAAAGCAAAAAUAUAAACACAACAUGCAAAAAUUUCAAGGAUUUUACUGAGUUACAGUUCAUAUAAGGAAACAGUCAAUUAGGCCCUAACCUAUGGAUUUCACAUGACUGGGCAGGGGCACAGCCAUUGCUGGGCCUUGGAGGGCAUAUGUCCAUCCACUUGAAAGCCAAGCUCAACCAAUCGGAAUGAGAUUUUCCCCUCAAAAGGGCUUUAUUGCAGAAAGAAAUACUCCUCAGUUUCAUCAGCUGUCCGGGUGGCUGGUCUCAGACGAUCCCGCAGGUGAAUAACCCGGAUGUGGAUGUCCUAGGCUGGCGUGGUUACAUGUGGUCUGCGGUUGUGAGGCCUUGUUGGACAUACUGCCGAAUCCUCUAAAAUAAUGUUGGAGGUAGCUUAUGGUAGAGAAAGGAACAUUCAUUUCUCUGGCAACAGCUCUGGUGGACAAUCCUGCACUCAGCAUGUCAAUUGCACGCUCCCUCAAAUCUUGAGACAUCUGUGGCAUUGUGUUGUGUGUCAAAACUGCACAUUUUAGAGUGGCCUUUUAUUGUCCCCUGCACAGGGUGCUCCUGUGUGAUGAUCAUGCUGUUUAAUCAGCUUCUUGAUAUGGAACACCUGUCAGGUGGAUGGAUUAUCUUGGUAAAGGAAAAAUGUUCACUUACAGGGAUGUAAACAAAUUUGUGCACAACAUUUGAGAGAAAUAAGCUUUUUGUGUUUGGAACAUUUCUGGGAUCUUUUAUUUCAGCUCAUGAAACAUGGGACCAACGCUUUACAUGUUGAAUUUAUUUUUGUUCAGUGUGUAUGUGUGUGUAAUCAACAAAAAAAUAUAUAUAUAUAUAUAUGUGAGAUAGUCUCUCCUGUCUUUUGAUUGUGUUGUUUAAUUUAAGAUCACCACUGUGUAAAAUGCCAAGGCAUUUGUUCAACAGACCACAGCAGUCAUCCAUUUUGUCGACUAAUGAUGAUCUGACUUGUGUUGGUUGUCCGCUGACCGUAUGCGUGGCCGGCUCACCCUGGUCCAUUCAGUUCAGCUGAUCAUAUUGAUCAGGUAACAGUUUAUUGAUUGAUGCCAAACCCUACCCGUUUCCACUAGUAGACUGAGAAAUAGCCUGCCUUGCACAUUGGGAAGAACAAAAACGAGCCCUGAUGUUCUAUAGAACAGUUGUGCUCUAAACUGCUCAAGCAUGAAAUCCAGCUUCCCUGUGUGUCGAUUUGAUUGGCUGAUUACUGUCACCAGUAAUGCAGGGACUUUAUAUUGAAAUGGUAUAUUUUCCCGGCAUUCAGUUUAAGCCACUCUAUAGAUUCAGCCCAUACUAUACACAACAGUUAUGGGGCUAAAGCCAAUCCCACAGAUCUGUAGUGGAACACACACACACACAAGCUAUAAUGACAUUAGUAAGAAUGAAUCCAAAGGCACCUGCCAACACUGUGGCUUUCUUCAUAGGCAUUAUUGAAUAAGUCUUGUGCUUCACAACUCUUUCUGGUCUCUGUCCUAUAACCCGGACUACAAUAAGUGAGCUGAAAUUAUAUGUAACUCAAAAAAUAUAGGCAUUUAGCAGAACUGCACAAUUGUAAGCUUGACUGUAGCAAUUUGCUGCCCAAUGUCGGUUACAAGGUAUUAUUUGGUCUGUGUCUUACUUUUGUUUUGGUUUGGUCUUACACUUUUCAUAGCUCUUGUACCUUAUGUCUUUUAGAAAGACAGUUAUUUGCUUGUAUGCUUUUUUAUAUUUUUACCAGUGAUUGUAAGUACUUGUUAUAUUUUUGUUUAAGAGAAUGUAUUAAAAAACAAAAGUACAUUUUAUUUCUCCAAGUUAACUGAAAUGAAUUUUGACAAUAAUAAACUGUUAAACGUU